UGUGUGGGUGGGAUCUAGCUCACGUUGCUGCUGCAGACACUUCAGAGUGGAGCUACAGUCAGUUUGUUAGUUUGCUGGUGCUACGUGAUUAUUUGUCUUCGCUGUCAUGGAGUCACUGAAGAAAAGUCACAGUUCUCUGUCACUAAUAUGCGGCGCCUUUGUGCUGUGUGUGCAGCUGCAGUUGAGUCUGACGGGAGACUGCCCUGCAGAUGGACGCAUGUGGGUGCCGUUUGAAAACAGAUGUUACCACUUUGUCCACGGAGAAGAGGACAAAAUCAAAAGCUACACUUUUGAGAGAGCAAAAACCCUCUGCCAAGGAUUUGAGCUUCUGACCGUCGAGAGCACUGAAGAGAAUAGCUUUGUCGUUAAAUAUAGCCCAGAGGUAUGGAAAGGAAAUGUCAACGUGUGGCUGGGAAUGUAUUAUGACACAAACAGUGACAACAUGAGAUGGUUCAAUGAGAAACCUGUCGGCUUCAGCAACUGGGAGGACGCCCCGCUUCCACCGGACCUCGUGCCCUUGGAUAUUUGUGUGGCUCUGCACACCAGCACAGGAAAGUGGGAAAAUGUCAGCUGUCUGCAAAAAGCAGAGAAUGGAGUCGUCUGUGAGACAAAUCAGAAAGCAGAGGAAGCCAAGCCGAAGCCCAGCGCGCUACUGUCCGCCCUGGUCAUUCUCAGCGUGGUUGCUAUCAUGGGAGUCUCUGCAGUUAUUUGGUUCCUGCACCAGAAGCACAACCUUGGCUCCUCUAUCCUCACGGCAUUCGAGUACCACCCUCCGUUCCGAGUGCUGGACACAGACCGGUCCUGCCUGGUGGAGGCCGAGGAGACCGACAGCGUGCCGUAGGAGAACUUUCUCCGUCUUCCACAACAGGAAGGAACCAGACCUUCGGUGUCUAUUCACGCAUAGAGAAGUCCACUCUAAAAACAGUUAUUGAAGUAGUUUUGGGUUAACGCACGUUAAUGUCAUGACUCAGAGUAAUGCAGUGUGAUUGUAAGAAAUCUGACGCCAGGCUAAUACUAACAUCUCACUGUGGCACAUAAACAUCUCACUACUUCUGCUUUAUUAUCGUCCGCACUAACAAAGAAUCAUCUGUACAUUUUUCAGAUUGGUGCGUCAGUUUUUUGCAGCCCGGUCUGCACGUCGUGUAACAUCUUUAUUAACAGUUGCUACACUUUUCUUGAAUAACUUUUGGGAUAAUUGUUGCUUUUUUUGCAUAUUAAAGUAACUCACUAUUGCUCAUGGAAAGAGGAUUAAAGAUUAGUUCCAGAGCAAAGCUGUCAACACAAAUGUUCAGCGACAUAGUAUUGUAUUACCAUAAACUUAAGGGGCUACCCAGAGGGGGACUAAAAUAAGAAGGGUAACUGAAUGCAAGAGAGACUGAGACAGCCUGAUGUUUAGUCCCUAGUAUGUAAUAAACUUCAAAAAUGCUGAAUCGUACAUUUCACAGAAGCGGUCACGUGUUUCCAUUGCACAUUCCCUCUCUGCUAAACAUUCAUCUGUCAAACCAACGAAGUAUCCCCUUUUAAGAAGUAUUAAAAUAAACCAGAAUCCUCAAUCACAGGCUAUCAAGGGCACAUGUACUGGAUCAUAGAUUGAUCAUAGUGAGGUAGAUUUGCACAGUCUGUAAAACGGAUUAUUUUCCAGGUAAAAUCUCACUUUAAAAUGGAAAGCCUUCCUGAACCAGUAGUGCAAGAGAAGUGCUGACUCAUUUCCUUGCAUUCUGUCCUGGCCUGCAGUUUCUAUUGUAACCAAAAAGUUUUGUUAAAAAAAAAAAAUCACAUUGAUGAAACUCUUCAUUUAUUCCAGAUUAAGUGGCUUCCAUGAUAAUAAAUCUACAUUUCUUCCGUCCUUUUCUGCAUUGUUUAACUGGUCAAAAGAUACAAUAUGUAUUUUUGUGUUUCCUUGCUGAUCCAUGCAAUUUUGGCAUUAUAUUGCUUUAUUUUUUAGGAGAGUGGUCAUGAUUUUGGUGUUGGAAAUAAUUAAUCGUGAGACAUUAAAGACAAUCAUAUUUGACUAUGUGAUGGGUAUACUGCAGUAAAAUGAAUAGAGACUUUAUUGUGUAAAAUACCCCUCUUAAUACUGUUGUACACUUUUAACAGCAUGAAUGUUUUUGUGCAAUAUUUGAGAUUCGAGCCUCUGUGUGUUUUUCAUAAUAAAAUAUAUUUGACAAUAAGAA